AUGUCUUCCUCGCUGCAAUGUUCCCUUGAAGCCAUUGUAUCUGAAGUUGAUCUUCCCGUAAUCGACUUCUCAAAAUUUCCACAAGAUUUGGAUGGUGAAGAACUGAGCCACCUUCAAGAUUAUCCCAUCCUCGCCAGACUAAGAGAGGCCUGCACAGAAUGGGGAUAUUUCCGUCUUGUCAACCAUGGAGUUUCAGUAGAGCUUCUGGAUAAGGUUCAGAAUGUUAACCGAGAUUUAUUGUCCAUGCCAAACGACGUUAAAGACAGGGCUACAACUUCUAGUCCAUUCGAUAGUUACUAUCGAGGUCCCAACCAUGAGACAUUCAAUAUUGUCGAACCUUCGAAAUCAGAAUCUUUAGAGCAAAUAUGCUCAAAGAUAUGGCCAGAAGGGAAUCUAAGUUACUGCGAGACUAUGGUAACGUACAGUUUGCGUGUCUCAAAUCUUGCCCAAAAUAUAACAAAAAUAAUUCUGGCAAGCCUGGGGUUGGAUGCCGAGGCCUUCUAUCACUCUCACAUCGCAAAGUGCACAUCAAGAAUGCGGAUAAAUGGCUAUUCGUCGCAACAAAAAAUUAUCGGGGAGGAGACCAUGAUGUCUCAUAAAGAUCCCGGGUGCGUCACAAUACUUUACCAAGAUGAUGUGGGAGGCCUUGAGAUUCGAUCCAAGGAGGGCAAGUGGUUCAACGUCAAACCUCUCUCUCAUUCAUUUGUUAUCAAUCUGGGGGACUCUCUCAAGGCGUGGAGUAAUGGCAGACACCACAGCGCAGAUCAUCGCGUUGUUUGUAAAGGGUGGAUAGAUCGAAUGUCGAUUGCCUUUUUUAAUUCAUUUCCAAUGGAGACAGAAAUCUGGGCGCCUGAGGAACUUGUGGACAAGGACAAUCCAAGGCGUUACAAGCCUUUCAUAUUCUCCCAAUUCAGACGUGAAAUAAGAACGAAUACAGAAGACAAAGAAAAAGCUACAGCUCUCGAACGAUUCGCCGGCAUAUAA